AUGAAUAUUGCUAGUUGGAAAUGCAGAGGGGCAGGAUCCAAAAGUUUUGUUCCUCUCAUCAAUGAUUUUAUUCAAGAAAACAACGUGGGGAUUUUGUGUUUAUUGGAAACACAUAUCAGUGGUGUUGCUGCACAAAAAGUGACCAAACGUAUCAAACUGGAUAAGUCUUUUCUAGUUGAAGCACGUGGACAUGCAGGGGGCAUAUGGAUCUUCUGGGACUCUGCCAUAUGGAAACUUGAUGUUCGCAAGCAUACCAACCAAUUUUUUCAUCUCAAAGUUAAUAGAGAUGGCCUUGCAUGGUUGUUGACAGUGGUGUAUGGGAGUCCUCAUUCUCAAUUUCGGGUGGAGCUUUGGAGGGAUAUUCGAACCCUCGCUAAUGAGACCGUGGGAGCUUGGUGUCUUUUAGGUGAUUUUAAUGCAAUGUUAAAACCUGAAGAAAGACAAGGUGGCUCUGUUAGAGCGUCUACCAGGGGUGAUUUAGCCUUUCAAAAUGUUGUAAGAGAGUGUAACCUUCUUGAUCUAGGCUUCCAAGGAGGGCCGUUUACAUGGAAGAGAGGCACUGUUUUGGAACGUUUGGAUCGUGUUUUGACUAAUGUGGAGUGGCUAGUGGAAUACCCUAAUGUGGAUGUCUUCCACUUACACCCAUUAAAGUCCGAUCAUUGCCCGUUACUGUUGAAAUUUGGUCAUGAAAAUAGAUCAAUUAGAGAAGAAUUGUUAUGGUUCCAAAAAUCUCGCUGCAAGUGGUUGGAACAUGGUGAUCGCAACACUAGAUACUUCCACGGAACUACCAUCAUUAGAAGACGUAAAAAUAGAGUGCUCAAGCUUCAAAAUGAUCUAGGAGAAUGGGUAUUGGAGAAGUCUGCAUUGGAGUCAAUGGUUACAGAGUUUUAUAAGCAACUCUUUGAAGACCCAGGAGGGUACGAACCCUAUUGUUUAUCAAAUUCUUUCCCUGAGCUAUCUCCUAAGGAUCGUAGCAUGCUUAGUACACCUAUAACACAACUAGAAAUCGUCGAAGCUCUAAAGAGAAUGGGCGGUUUAAAGGCUCCAGGUCCAGAUGGUUUUCAAGCGCUCUUUUUUCAAACCCAAUGGAGCACUGUUGGAACGACUAUGUGUAAGCUGUUACAAGAUAUUUUCAAGAAUCCAAGGAAAGUUGCUGAGAUGAAUAAAACGUUCAUCACUUUGAUUCCUAAGGUGGAGAAUGUUUCAUCACUCAAACAGAUGAGACCUAUUAGUCUCUGUAACGUGUCAUAUAAGCUAUUAACAAAGGCCAUUGCGUUCCGUCUCAGAAAUAUCAUGGUAGAUCUAGUUGGUCCAAACCAAUGCAAUUUUGUACCCAACAGACACACAUCAGAUAAUAUAAUCAUCACUCAAGAGGUUAUCCACUCUAUGAGCUACAAGACUGGGAAAAAGGGUUGGAUGGCCAUUAAGAUAGACCUAGAAAAAGCCUAUGAUAGGCUAAACUGGACGUUCAUAAAGGAAACCUUAACUAUGAUUGGUAUCCCGUUAAAUCUUGUUGAAUUGAUUUGGCAUUGCAUUUCAUCGUCUUCUAUGCAGGUUUUAUGGAACGGGGAGACACUACCUGAGUUUAAGCCCACGAGGGGAAUCCGACAAGGUGACCCGCUUUCUCCCUACAUCUUCGUACUAUGUAUGGAAAGACUCUUCCACCUUAUUGAAGUGGCUGUUUGUCAAGAGCUUUGGAAACCAAUCAAACAAUCUAAGAAAGGUCCAGCGAUAUCUCAUCUUGCCUUUGCUGACAACCUAAUCCUGUUUGCAGAGGCAUCUUUAGACCAAGCUGAGAUCAUUAAAUCUUGCCUUGAUUCCUUCUGUUUGAGCUCGGGUAUGAAGGUUAGUGAGGAGAAUACUCGAGUUUUCUUCUCAAAGAACGUUGGUUGGAACGUCAAGUCAGAGAUAAGCUCGUCUUUGGGAUUCCAACGAACUGACAAUCUAGGUAAAUACCUAGGUGUCCAACUACACCACACCAGAGUAAGUAGAAACUCUUUCCAAUCUGUCAUGAAUAGUAUCAAUAGGCGUAUCAGCUCUUGGAAGGCGAAAACCCUCUCCUUUGCUGGACGCCUUACAUUAACAAAGUCUGUUUUGGCUGCUCUCCCCUCAUAUACCAUGCAGACAGUAUUUCUCCCUCGUCAACUCUGUGAUGAGAUUGAUAAAGCAAGCAGAUCUUUCCUUUGGGGUGAUUCAAGAGCCCAUCGUCGUGUGCAUGCCAUAGCCUGGGAAACUAUUUGCAAACCGAAGACUGUAGGUGGCCUUGGGAUUCGGGAGGCAAGGAAAAUCAAUACAAGCUUUAUGAUGAAGAACUGUUGGGCUUUAUGCUCUCAACCGAACAAGCUCUGGGUUCGUGUGUUAAAAGCUAAGUAUGAUUGUGGGGAGGAUAGGGUACCUAUGAUAAACAAAAAAACUAUUGCAUCUAACGUCUGGCGUGGUAUCUGUGACGCUUGGAAGUUUGUUCAAACAGGAACCCAAGACGGUAGUUUUUCAGUGAAGAGCGCCUACAACUCUCUUCAGGAUAGCUCCAGAUCGGACCCAAAUCAUUUGUUCUCUCUGGUCUGGAAGUGGAAAGGCCCAGAACGCGUUAAGUGCCUCUUUUGGAGAAUUGCGCAUGAGAGUUUAUCUACUAAUGAUUGGAGAUUAGCCAGGUCCUUAACGUCUGACGCGGGUUUCCCUUUAUGCCGCUCAACUCGAGAAAGUUGCUUACAUGCUAUUCGGGAUUGCUUAUUCGCCAGAGCUGUUUGGUCUCAAAUAUUUGAAGGGUUCAUCGUUCAUGAUUUUUUCAACCUACCGCUGAAGGAAUGGAUGACUUCUUGUCUAGAGGUGAAGGAUAAUUACUGGAGGCAAAAAUUUGGAAUUGCAAUUGACUCAAUUUGGAAGGCUAGGAAUUAUUUUGUGUUUGAAGACCAACCCUUGAAUUCGCACCACGUGGUUUGCGAAAUAAAAGGUCGUGUGACAGAGUUGACUAGAUCCUUGGACAAUGGCAGUAGGGAUGCAACUCAUGUUAAUUCCUCUCAAGAUGACAUAAGAUGGAUCAAGCCCCCAGAUGGCACGCUUAAAUUGAAUGUAGAUGGGGCUGUUUCUGGAUCAUCCAGAGCUGCAUGUGGUGGUAUACUAAGAGAUAAUAAUGGUAGAUUCUUAUUGGCCUUUUCCGGAUUGAUUGGACAAUGUCCAGUACUACAAGCAGAAUUAUGGGCUGUUUAUCAUGGACUUCGUCUGAUCAAAAAGGAUUUUUCCCAAGCUCAUAUUAUUAUUGAGUCCGAUUCAGCUCUUGCUAUUAAGUUUUUGAAUAAAGGUUGUUCAGGGCAUCACCCUUGUUAUUCGCUAGUUAAUCAUAUAAUUAGAAUGGCAGGUGAUUUUCCUUCUCUAGAUUGUGCCCAUAUCCAUAGGAAGGCAAACCAGAUUGCUAAUGGUUUUGCUAAAAAGAGUUUUUCUUUAUCUGUUGGGGUACACUGUUUUAAUGCACCUCCCAGUUGGGCCCUUUCUCUUUUAUCUGCAGACAAUUCUGCCGUAACACUACCUUGUGAAUUUCAAUAA